AUGGUAGCCGCCCCGCCGAGACCGGCGAACACCUGGGCGAUACCUGCACCCGCGUACAACACCGCCGAUGACUCGGAUCUGCCGGUCUACUCGGCGCAACUGGUUUCAGCCACCCUCCAGGAAGUGCCGCCAUGCGAUCAAAAAGCUUGCCUGAACUCUCGAACAGGACGGCGGGCGAUGUCGUCGGCAAACGGAUGCGAUCCCGGCGCGUCGACGAUGAUCUUCGUCAAUCGCAGUGCCAGCGGGGGACAGUCAGAAUACGGUCCAAUCACCUCGAACAAACCAGGGCCCGCUCAUGGCGCCUGCUCGCGCGUCGAGGUUCCUGGCACCGAGAGCACUUGCUUCGCGAUCGAGACUCCGACGAGCUUCGGCAGCCGA